AUGGGUAUGUCAUUUUCAAAGCUGUUCGACAGCAUAUGGCGAAAGAAGGAGAUGCGAAUUUUGAUGGUCGGCCUUGAUGCUGCCGGAAAGACCACCAUCUUGUACAAACUGAAACUCGGUGAAAUCGUCACAACUAUCCCCACAAUUGGCUUCAAUGUUGAAACCGUUGAAUAUAAGAACAUUCAGUUUACCGUGUGGGACGUUGGUGGCCAGGACAAGAUCAGACCGUUGUGGAGACACUACUUCCAGAACACGCAAGGCAUCAUUUUCGUCGUCGAUAGCAACGAUCGUGACCGUGUUGUUGAGGCCAGAGAAGAACUCCAGCGCAUGCUUAAUGAAGAUGAACUCCGUGAUGCCCUGCUGCUCGUCUUUGCCAACAAGCAAGAUCUUCCGAACGCCAUGAGCCCAGCUGAAAUCACCCAGCAACUCGGUUUGCAGAGCUUGACACGACGUGCUUGGUAUAUCCAAUCUACCUGUGCUACAACUGGUGACGGUCUUUAUGAGGGCCUUGAAUGGUUGGCCAACGCCUUGAAGAAGUCCGGACAUGACUAG